UGUCCUUUUAAGCUUCUCUCUCUACAAAAUGCUUCUGCUGGAAGCCUUUUCUCUCUGUACAUCUCGCUUGCUUUCUCUCUCUCUCAACACACACCCCCACACCCACACACACAUCUCCCUCGCUGGCCACCUCGAUCUCGCCGGAAAAUACCGUCGAUCACCCAUUUCGACUCAACAAUUGAGUCUCCAGCGUCAAAUUAACACAAUUUCAGCAGCUUUUGUUACAUAUACGAGAGACACAUAAAAGAUUAUCAUAUUAUUUUGGAUUCAAUUUUGAAUAAUUUUAGUUGUAAUUGAUUAGAGAUGGAGGGUGAGGAGGAUUAUGGAUUUAGUGAAGAGGAGUACUCUUACGCCGAUGAUGGUGACUCGCAUGACGGCCUUGCCGACAAUGACGAUUCUGCUUUACAGUGGGCUCCACCUAAGGGCUCAACUACUAAGGUGAUCACUAAAGAGUCCCUCUUGGCUGCACAGAGGGAAGAUUUGCUAGUCAUGGAGUUGCUAUCACUAAAAGAACACCAUGCACGGACUUUAUUGAUCCAUUAUCGAUGGGAUGUUGAAAAGCUACUUGCAGUGCUUGUGGAGAAAGGGAAAUCGUGUUUGUUUACUGAAGCAGGUGUUACUGUGGUUGAAAAUGUCGGUGAUGAUGUGCCACUGAGUUCAUCUUCUACAAUAACUUGUGAUAUAUGCAUAGAGGAUGCAUCUGCUGAUAACGCCACAAGAAUGGAAUGUGGCCAUUGUUUCUGCAACAAUUGCUGGACAGAACACUUCAUUAUAAAAAUAAAUGAGGGCCAGAGCAGGCGCAUCCAGUGCAUGGCACACAGAUGUAGUGCUAUUUGUGAUGAAGCUAUUGUCAGGAAUUUAGUUAGUAGAAGGCAUCCUAAUUUGGCAGAGAAAUUUGAUCGCUUUCUUCUUGAGUCGUAUAUUGAGGACAAUAAAAUGGUCAAAUGGUGUCCGAGCAUUCCUCAUUGUGGGAAAGCUAUACGAGUUGAGGAGGAUGAAUUUUGCGAGGUAGAAUGUUCAUGUGGUCUGCAGUUUUGUUUCAGUUGCUUAUCAGAAGCACACUCGCCUUGCUCAUGCUUAAUGUGGGAACGCUGGAGCAAGAAGUGCCACGAUGAAUCUGAAACUGUUAACUGGAUCACGGUUCAUACAAAGCCUUGUCCAAAGUGCUACAAACCUGUCGAGAAAAAUGGUGGCUGCAACCUUGUUAGCUGCAUCUGUGGACAGUCAUUUUGUUGGGUGUGUGGUGGAGCUACUGGUAGAGACCACACUUGGUCAAGAAUAGCAGGUCACAGUUGUGGUCGCUACAAAGAAGACCGAGAGAAACAAACUGAAAGGGCGAAACGGGAUCUCUAUCGAUAUAUGCAUUAUCAUAACCGCUUCAAGGCUCAUACAGAUUCCUUUAAGCUUGAAAGUAAACUGAAGGAAUCAAUCCUAGACAAGGUGUCUGUUGCAGAAGAGAGGGAAUUGAGACUCAAAGAUUUCAGCUGGGUAACUAAUGGACUCAACAGACUUUUCAGAUCAAGACGGGUUCUUUCUUAUUCGUACCCAUUUGCAUUUUACAUGUUUGGUGAAGAGUUUUUUAAGGAUGAGAUGACAGACGAGGAAAGAGAAAUAAAAAAGAAUCUAUUUGAGGAUCAACAACAGCAGCUUGAGUCGAAUGUUGAGAAACUCUCCAUGUUUCUGGAGGAGCCCUUUCAGCAGUUCAGCCAGGAUAAAGUUAUGGAUAUAAGGAUGCGUGUCAUCAAUCUGUCUGUGACCAUUGAUACCCUCUGUCAGAAAAUGUAUGAAUGCAUUGAGAGCGAUUUGUUGGGUUCUCUUCAUCUAGGCACCCAUCAUAUAGCUCCUUACAAGUCAAAGGGCAUUGAAAGGGCAUCGGAACUUUCCUCCUGUUGGAACACCAAACUUGGUUCUACAGAUGAAUAUGUACCAAGUGGUGGGACAUCAGAACAUGACAGACCUUCUGGCUCUGGGAGUUCAGAUGAUAGUGGAUGUUCUUAUCGGAAGCGUGCUAAAAAGGAGGGUGGUGGGUUUUUUGAUCUGAACUUGCCAGCAGAGAUUGUAGACAGGAACUGAACCCAGAGACUGCAGACUCCAUAUAUACUGCUGUACAGCUCUAACUCAGGACCCUCUUUUUUUGCUAUGGAAUUGAUAAUUGGUGGAUUAAGCAUCAAGUGCUUGCCUGUUACCAUAGGAUAUUCUGGAAGUCAAAUCUGAUUUUCCAUGUCUACAUAUUGUUUUCUUGUUGUACAUAGCCUUUUAUCAGGACACUGGUUGGUGAUAGAUUUGUAAUACUCUCUACCUGAGAGAUUUGAGCUAGACUUGAAACAUAUCUUUGUCGUAAUUUUACAAAUGAUGAUAAUCUUACUGGUGGCAGGUCAGCUCCUCGUA